AUGGCUGAUGUAAAAGUCGCAGGGAACGUUUACAUUAUAUGCAGCCAGUUAUUCAUGCAGACUGAGCAAGCCGAAAACCCGACAACGUCGCAACGGCUGAAGAUAUUGCAGUUCGUAUUGACAAAUGCCUACACGUCGCCACCUGAUGCAGCUUUGAGGAUCGCGAUGUCACCAACACAGCACAUUGAUGCCUGCCUCCCCGUAACUGCGCUAAAAGCGCUGGUUUUGGGAGACACGAGGCUCAUUCUUCAAGGCCAAGGGCCUUAUUGUCAAGUGGUCAAAGAGCAGAGUGGGCAGCUACUGGCAAAGCUCAAAACCUUCAGGAGAAACAAUGUCCAUGGAUUCAUUCUCCUGACUCAACUCCGGCACGAAGCUGAGAAACCAUACACUCGACUCGUGGUGUGGGGCGGAAGCUCCUUAAGGGUCAUUGACUUGUCCCUGGCUAGAGAUGAUGCUUCUGGAGAUGUGGAAGUUUCUCUGCAAGCUGUAACUGCGGAAUAUCUGGCCCCAGACUGGAUUCUCGCUGGAUGUUCGCCCGACCAGAGCAGCAGAGCAGACCGAGCUUAUGUGGUCACGGCUCAUAACGCCAUACUCAGUCUACAUGUGGUAGAGAAUUCUCAUUCUGUCAACACGAUUUACCUACAGCAACUGGUUACGGGUGUCAAGUCCAUUCUUUUCUCCGCUGACACUAUAGCGCUGUCGUCUUCUCACAUUUUAAUUGCUGCGGGAACCGUCUUUGGCGAGAUCAUAGUCUGGUCUUGUUUUGUAGACGACGAUGAGAGUCAACCGUUGGCGCUCAAUGCAGUUGGCUCCAUCCACCACUUUUUCACUGGCCACGAAGGUUCUAUUUUCGGGGUUCGGAUAUCACCUCCUAUCAGCUCCUUACCGGGAGGCCAACCAGGAAGGCUUUUGGCUAGCUGUAGUGAUGAUAGAACUGUGAGGGUAUGGGAUAUCACGGACUGUGAACAUGCAUCCCGUCAAGAUCCUUCUGCCUACUCGACAGAUGGCUUCGAGCUACGGACCACAGGGUUUGGUGCCGUUGCAACAACUGAUGAUAAAUCUGGUUCAGAAUCAUGUGUUGCAAAGGCAUUCGGGCAUUCAGCACGAAUUUGGGGUGUUCAUUUCGUGCCCACCACGGUGGAGAAUCAGAGCCAACUGACCAUUGUGUCUCGUGGUGAGGAUGCUAAGUGUAUUCUGUGGGAUCUGAGUUGGAGUCUGUCGCCAACACAUAAGACCGAAUUCAAACUGACCCAGUUAUCGUCUCCUCAUCUCCACAACGGCAAACAUAUAUGGUCACUCGAUUUGUGCAGCUCCGGGACACAAACGACGAUCUACACUGGAGGUGCAGACGGCUCUGUCAGGAGCUUCAAAAUAGACGUAGAUGAUACGGCGUCGAUCUCAUUACCGAAUAGGGAUGAUCGCAUUAUGCUUUCAAGCGAUUCUCUAAACACAGUUCCUGCAAGAGAAAGGUCGUUCAAAGCUUUCGCAUUUAUCUCACCGGAGUUGUUCGUUGCGACUACGUUCCAAGGUGAGAUCCAGCUCUGUUCGAUACGGAGAGACAGUGGUAAAGGGCAGCUCAUCUUCAAGGAGACUCUGCAUGUUGAGGACGAUCUCCGGUCUUUUUCAGUAGUUUCCAGUCUACCACAGAAGGGAGUGGCGCUGCUUGGCAAUGCACGCGGUUUGAUUCGACUCUAUACUCACGGUACCGGGUUGUUGAACCAAAUUGUACAAGCGGAUGGCAGACCUCUACAAUUGUACUUCCUUGGGUAUGAUACUGACGUAUCAGAAGGCCCGGCGACUCUCACGUUCGCCACAUCCUACGCAACACUUAGAAAAGCAGAUCUCUUUCAGGUCACCAUGCAAGCGAAUGCCGAGCCUAAAGUUGUCAAGACAGAAUUGUCUUUACCUCAUGGUAUGGAAGUAUCCUGCGCUUCCUGGAUCUCUAGCCAGUAUCUGGCCUUGGGAAUCAAAAGCGGCGCACUCCUAGUUUACAGACUUACAGAAACUGGAGCGUCUCUGCAGCCGAUCAUUUGCGCUCUGAGAGUCCAUGGUCGAGAGGGCGUUAAUCAGAUCACGCCGUUCUCACCUUUGUUUGAAGAGGCGGAAAUCUCAUCAGACUACUUCAUGACCUGUGGCCGAGAUGGCGAUUACUGCAUCCAUCAGCUGGAGGCGCUGGGAGGGGCGGAUGUUCGCCUCCGUACAAUCCAUCGUUCCUCCCCUGCCGUUCACUUGAACGUUGAGGGAAUCUAUAUCGAUCGAAAAUCACGAGACUUUAUGCUUUAUGGAUUUCAGAGCACUGAAUUUAUCCUUUGGAAUGAAACGACUCACACUGCGGUGGCCCGAGUCGACUGCGGCGGAGCACGUCGGAUUUGGGCAUUCCACCCGAGUCAUGAGACUCCUGGGGCUGGAAUACUCCUUUGGAGUCAAUCGGGGUUCAAUGCUCUUCGGGUACAGGCCGGAAUCAACCGUACCUUACGUGCCGGCGGCCACGGCAGAGAAAUCAAGUCGAUGGAGGUAUCUCGUUCGUCCGAGCGGGAGACUCUCAUCGCCACUGGAGCAGAAGAUACCCAUUUACGCAUUUUUGCGCCUGUUCAUCAGCGCAACAAGACUCCAUGGGGCUCAUUCAGAUGCCUGCGUGUUCUUAGAGACCAUACCGCUGGAGUGCAGCAAGUUAUCUGGUCAAAAGACGGAAAAACGCUUUUCUCUAGCGCCGGGUUCGAGGAGCUGUUUGUCUGGAAGGUCCGGCAGAUUCCCUCGUUUGGUCUGGCAACCGUUCUUGCAGCCUCUAGUCCCAAGGAUGACCCGACGUCCGAGCUGCGAGUGACGAGCUUCGACGUGCUGGAUGUGGAGGAAGACGCUAAUGGUGGCUUUCUUAUUUGCCUGACAUUGUCAAACUCCACGAUCAAGAUUUUCCAUUAUUCCUCCUUGGUAGAUGGGGGUCGCUUUACCCUCCUAGCACGAGGGGCCUAUACAAGCAACUGCCUCACGCAGGUACAGUUCUUCGUAGAGGGUUCUUCAAUCGGGCUCAUUACUGCAUCCACGGACGGACACUUUACAUUGUGGCACUUGGACCCUGUUCUAGAGCCUUACUACUGGAUGUCAGCGUCGACUUUGCGCUUGAAGCAGCCAUUGGAGACGCUAUCUAUUUCUCCACCAAACAUUGCAUGCGAGAAUCGGUACCAAAUCCACUCGAACAGCAUCAAAUCCCUGGAGAUGGCCCGUAUAUCUGCGAAAACGUCGCUGAUUGUCGCUGGAGGGGAUGACAAUGCGCUCACGCUUUCACUACUAUCAGUAGACUUCACCGACGCAGAUGCAGGCAGUCAUGUGUGCACGAUCACAAUUUCAGACGCACAUGCCGCCUCCGUCACCACCGUCAAGAUACUUGAACAGCGGCAGUCAGACUGCCAGGGGAAAGCGCAAAUUGUUUUCGCCUCCUCGGGCAACGACCACCGGGUCAAGGUCUGGGGUGCGGAGGUGGAUGCCACGCAGAGCGGACCGGAAUCCAUUCGAGUCAAGAAUCUAGUUGAUCAGUACAGCGCUGUGGCUGAUAUAUCGUCUUUGGACUUGAUGCAUGACGAGUCAGGGACGAAGUUGCUGGUGUGUGGCGUCGGGAUGGAGCUGUUGAGCGUGCAGCUGUACUAG